ACAGGCGACAAGCCCUAUCAGUGCAACAUAUGUGAUCAGUCAUUUUCACGAAAGGGUCAUCUCGAUGGACAUCACCGCACUCACACAGGCGAGAAGCCCUAUCAUUGCGACAUGUGUGAUAAAUCAUUUUCACUAAAGGGUAAUCUCGAUGUACAUCGCCGCACUCACACAGGCGAGAAGCCCUAUCAUUGCGACUUAUGUGAUCAAUCAUUUUCACAAAAGGGUAAUCUCGAUGUACAUCGCCGCACUCACACAGGCGAGAAGCCCUAUCAUUGCGACUUAUGUGAUCAAUCAUUUUCACAAAAGGGUAAUCUCGAUGUACAUCGCCGCACUCACACAGGCGAGAAGCCCUAUCAUUGCGACUUAUGUGAUCAAUCAUUUUCACAAAAGGGUAAUCUCGAUGUACAUCGCCGCACUCACACAGGCGAGAAGCCCUAUCAUUGCGACUUAUGUGAUCAAUCAUUUUCACAAAAGGGUAAUCUCGAUGGACAUCGCCGCACUCACACAGGCGACAAGCCCUUCAAUUGCACAUCAUGCACGAAGUCCUUCACACAGCUAGGACACCUUCGUGUACAUGAACGCACUCAUGCGGGCGAGAGGACUUAUAAAUGCGAGAUGUGUGAGUAUUCAUCAACCACAUCGUCAGAUCUUAAAACUCAUCAACGCACGCACAGAAACGAUAAAGCGUGAGCCUGCCUA